AUGGAAGAAUUCGAUCGAGUUCCAAUUGACAUUCAAUCUACCAAUAACCCCAGUUUGAGUCCCUGCAGCAGCAACAAUGGUCAUACAUUGACCAUAUCUCCUGGAAUGACACAGUAUUGGACUCCUCACUGUGAGGAUGAAAUCAAACCAGCAGUAGACAUGAUUUUUAAAACAUGGGAUGCUGGUAUUGAAUUCUACAAACAUUAUGCUGCCAAAGUCGGGUUUGACACAAGGUCUAGUUCCGUCGUUACAGCACGUGACGGGACAAAAAUUCAAAAGCAAAUCGUUUGCAACAGAGAAGGAUUUAAGAAUACAGGAGCUCAACAUUGUCCCUCGCAGUCAAGUGCAGAUGCAGGAGAAGGUCCUUCCCGUCCAAAGCGGCGAAGGGUUUCAAACAGAACUGGUUGCAGAGCUAGGAUUAUGUUUAAGUACAUUGGAGCAGCUGGGUACCAAAUUACCACUUUUAUUGAAAAACAUAAUCACAACAUGUCUUCGGUUCUGGCAAGGCAGUUUCUAAAAGGAAAUAGAAACAUCUCUAGUGUUCACCAGAAGUUUAUACUCGACUGCGCUAAAGCAAAUAUUGGAGCAUCAAAAUCACACGGUUUAUACAGUAAUAUUGUGGGGGAUUACUCUGAAGUUGGAGCAACUGUAGUGGACUUUAAAAAUGUCAGAAGGGAUCUCAGAGCAUACAUAUUGGGAGCUGAUGCACAAAUACUGGUGCAUAAUCUUAUUAAGAAACAAGAGAUGUGCCCUGCAUUUGCUUUUGACUACGAGGUUGAUGAAGAUGAGCAGACUGCAAUGGGUAUGGAACCAAGAAUAAUUGUCACCGAUCAAGAUCCAGCUAUGAAAGUGGCGAUUCCAACAGUUUUCAAGGAAGCCAGGCAUCGUUAUUGCAUGUGGCACAUAAGGUGUAAAGUUGGGGAAAAGGUGGUUCCUACGUUGAACAAGGAUGAGGAAUUCAGGAACAAACUGAACUCAAUCGUUUGGACGUCAUCUUUGGAACCUCCUGAUUUUGAGAAGCAGUGGAGAGAGCUCAUGGAAAAGUACAACUUAGUCGAACAUAACUGA